CUAGCACAAACACCAGCGGCCAUGGCGCUCACCACCCGCAGAGGCGGCGGCGCCGACCAACCCAGCCUCGGCUUCCUCACGAACCGCGACACGGAGGUCAGGCUCCCCCGCGCGACGCGGGUGAAGAACAAGGCGCCGGCGGGGGUCCAGAUCACGGCCGAGCAGAUCCUCCGGGAGGCCCGGGAACUGCAGGAGCCCGAGAUCCGCCCGCCCAGGCAGAGGAUAACCGACGCCGACGAGCUCGCGGACUACCGGCUCGGCGAGCGCAAGCGAUUCGAAGGCCUCGUCACUCGCGGCGGCGUCGCUGCGUGGGUCAAGUAUGCUCGGUGGGAGGAGGGGCAGGGAGACCUCGCGCGGGCUCGCUCCGUCUACGAGCGCGCCCUGGACCUGGACGCCGCCCGCCGCGACCACGCGCUGUGGCUCAAGUACGCCGAGUUCGAGAUGCGCAGCCGGUGCGUCAACCACGCGAGGAACGUCUGGGACCGCGCCGUCUCGCUCCUCCCCCGCGUCGACCAGCUGUGGCACAAUUACAUCCACAUGGAGGAGCUGCUUGGUGCCGUCGCCAAUGCUCGCUGGCUCUUUGAGCGCUGGAUGGGAUGGCGUCCCGACAUUGCUGCCUGGAACUCGUACAUCAAGUUCGAGCUGCGGUAUGGGGAGGUUGAGCGCGCAAGGGCGAUCUACCAGCGGCUCGUCGCCGAGCACCCGCGGCCCGAUACGUUCAUCCGAUAUGCCAAGUUCGAGAUGGAACACGGAGGAACAGAGCAGGCACGUCGCGUGUACGAGCGUGCAUCUGAACUGCUUGUGGACGAUGAAGAUGCAGAGUUGUUGUUUGUAGCAUUUGCUGAGUUUGAGGAAAAUCGCCCGGAGGUGGAGCGGGUUCGUGCAAUAUACAAGUAUGCGCUUGACAGAGUGCCCAAGGGCAAGGCUGAUGACCUUUACAGGAAGUUCCUAGCAUUUGAGAAACGAUUUGGUGACCGUGAAGGGAUUGAGGAUGCCGUUGUGAGCAAGCAGAGAUUCCAAUAUGAAGAUGAGGUGAGGAAGAACCCGCUCAAUUACGACUCGUGGUUCGAUUACAUCAGGCUGGAGGAGAGCGCCGGUAAUAAGGACAGGAUCAGGGAUGUGUACGAGAGGGCUAUAGCAAACGUCCCCCCUGCACAAGAGAAGCGGUACUGGCAGAGGUAUAUAUACCUUUGGAUAAACUAUGCUCUAUAUGAGGAACUUGAUGCACAGGACAUGGAGAGGACCAGGGAGGUCUAUAGGGCGUACCUGAAACUCAUUCCACACAAGAAGUUUACAUUUGCGAAGUUGUGGCUGAUGGCCGCGCAGUUUGAGAUAAGGCAGAAGAACAUAAAGGCCGCACGGCGGAUUCUCGGCAAUGCAAUAGGUAUGACGCCCAAGGGGAAAUUAUUCAAAGAGUACAUUGAGAUCGAGCUUCAUAUCGGCAAUUUCGACCGUUGUAGAACUCUAUAUGAGAAGUAUAUCGAAUGGUCUCCAGCAAACUGUUAUGCCUGGAGGAAGUAUGCUGAACUCGAAAAGAACCUCAGCGAGGCUGACCGCGCUCGGUCAGUAUAUGAGCUUGGUAUCACACAGCCAUCCCUUGAUACGCCUGAGGUUCUAUGGAAGGAGUACUUGCAGUUUGAAAUUGAUGAAGGUGAAUUUGGUAGGGCAAGGGAACUUUAUGAGAGACUGCUUGAUAGAACAAAGCAUCUGAAGGUAUGGAUCAGCUACGCCGAAUUCGAGGCCUCGGCUGGCUUGGCAGAAGACAAUGGAAGUGAGGUGAAUAAGAAUGAUGCUUGUUACCAGGAUCAGCAGAUCGAGCGGGUCCGGAUGUGUCGAGCUGUCUUUGAAAGGGCAUUCGACUACUUCAGGACCAAUGCUGCAGAGCUAAAGGAAGAAAGAGCAAUGCUCCUGGAAGAAUGGCUCAAAAAAGAGUUGGGUUUUGGUGAUCUUGGUGAUGUCGCCCUAGUGCAGAAGAAGGCGCCAAGGAAAGUCAAGAGGAAGAGACCACUGCCCACAGAUGAUGGCUCCAAUGUUGCGUACGAGGAGUACGUUGAUUAUAUCUUCCCUGAUGAAGUCACGCCGGCAUCGAACCUCAAGAUAUCGGCAGCUGCUUACAAGUGGAAGAAGCAGAAGGCUUUUUGAUUGACACGAUUAGUUACACAAUUAGUUGUAGGAUUGCAACUUGGAAACAAUACGUAGACAUCAUUCUGUUGGAUACCAAUUGUCAUUUCUUACUCCUAUUCCUGUAGCCUCAGUUUGAAUGUUUGUUGAUUGAUAUUCCUGCUGUAUUCCGUUUCACCAUUUAAUCUAGAUCAAAAGGAUUACGUACUGCUAUAGGC